CGAACCGACAGACGAACCUCAGCCAGCCAGCUGGAUCGCAUCGCUGGACAUUGGCUCUGUUGUUGCUAUUUAUUGUUCCUGAGAGGUGCAGAUUUGUUGCGAGUGUCUGUCAUCUUCUUCACUGCUGUUUAUCUCGAGUUAUUUGUUUCAAGACUUUUGAAUUGGGUUGCUUUGCGGUCAUGGCAGCGCGCAGUGCACGAUGGCAGCAGUUCCUACAAGAACUGGUGAUGGUGGCUGGAACAUCGGUUUCUGCAUACUUCCUCAUCAGAUAUCUCCUGUCACGUCUUGAUUUCGAUCCCGAGAGUCAGAAGAAAGAGGAACAACGAAAGAAGUCAGCCGCUAUCCUCCGACGACUGGAUGGCAGCGAUGAGUCGGACAAUGGCUCACCACAAAAAGGAGGGAAACGGGGUAAGAGACAGAGCAAGGGAGAGUUGGUUUUGACACAGUACGAACAAGCAAUUGCCAUGGACGUUGUGGCACCCGACGACAUUCCCGUUUCCUUCGAAGAUAUCGGCGGUCUAGCCGAGAUCAUUGACGAGUUGAAAGAAUCCGUUAUCUACCCGUUAACUAUGCCCCAUCUUUACGCUUCGACGUCUUCCCUUCUCACUGCUCCGUCCGGUGUUCUGUUAUACGGUCCUCCUGGUUGCGGAAAGACGAUGUUGGCUAAGGCUCUUGCUCACGAAAGUGGAGCGUGUUUUAUCAAUUUGCAUAUCUCAACAUUGACGGAGAAGUGGUACGGUGAUUCGAAUAAAUUGGUCAAUGCUGUCUUUAGUUUGGCUCGAAAACUGCAACCCGCGAUUGUCUUCAUCGACGAGAUCGAUGCCGUGUUGGGCACAAGACGGAGCGGUGAACACGAGGCUAGUGGUAUGGUCAAAGCUGAAUUCAUGACACACUGGGAUGGUCUUACCUCGUCCAAUUCGUCAGGAGAACCUCAGCGUGUUGUCGUGCUUGGUGCUACUAAUCGCAUCCAAGACAUUGAUGAUGCUAUUCUUCGACGGAUGCCUAAGAAAUUCCCUGUGGCACUCCCUGCGGCUGAGCAGCGAUUGAGGAUCCUCAACCUCGUUCUCAAAGACACCAAGAUUGAUUUUGACAAUUUCGAUCUCCAAUACCUCGUCAAGGGAAUGGCCGGUAUGUCCGGCAGCGACAUAAAGGAAUCUUGCCGUGAUGCUGCCAUGGUUCCUGUCCGAGAGUUAAUCCGACAGAAGACAGCGGAAGGCCAAAUGAUGACUGCUGUUGAUCCGACGAACGUCAGAGGCCUUCGAACGGAGGAUUUCUUCACGCAAGCCGGAGGUGUUAAGAUCAUUUCUCCCCCAGGGCAAUCCCAAUCCAGCAAGCAGGCCUCGGAAAAGGAAUGGAGCACCGACGACGCAAUAUCCGAAGCUGGUACACGACCGUCCACGGAGAUGGCAGAGCCUCCCGAGUAAGCGUGAUUGAUUCACGCUCGUUCCUUUUGUUUUUUUUUUUUUUUUUUUUUCAUAUAACGCUUGUAUAUGCCAGCCAUCUACAGUGCAAGGGAAAUGGCGUUAUGUUCUGGAUAUUCCUCCAAUUCUUCUUUCUACUUGGCCACUGAGCCACCCAUGUUUAACGAGAUAUACCACUUUGUUUCAAGCCUUUUGUGGAUAGACUAUCUGAUCGUUCUCUGUACUAUCUAUUGCAAUGGGUACCAUCUCUAUGACUUCCGUAUAUAGAAGAGUACGUGGCGUUCAGUAAGAGGAUUUCAGUUUCAACUGCAAAUGAUUGACAUUAUUCUCCGUG